AAAAAGCCAGUAAGGAUGAACAUCUGGUACAGAAACCUUCCUGACUUAGGGAGGUUUGCUGCAUUUAGAGUCUCCCUCUUCGUUCACACACACCGGAGCCCAGCUGAGACGGCGAGCCUCUGCACGAAUGCUAUGAACCUGCCUCCUGACAAAGCCAGGUUACUGCGGCAGUAUGACAAUGAAAAAAAAUGGGAACUGAUUUGUGACCAGGAACGAUUCCAGGUGAAGAAUCCCCCCCACACAUAUAUUCAGAAGCUCAAAGGCUAUCUGGAUCCAGCGGUCACUAGGAAGAAAUUCAGAAGGCGUGUUCAAGAGUCUACACAAGUGCUAAGAGAACUGGAAAUUUCUUUAAGAACAAAUCACAUUGGAUGGGUCAGAGAGUUUUUGAAUGAAGAAAACAAAGGCCUUGAUGUUCUAGUAGAAUAUCUGUCAUUUGCGCAGUAUGCAGUAACCUUUGACUUCGAAAGUGUGGAAAGUACUGUGGAGAGUACAGUGGACAAAUCAAAGUCCUGGAGCAGGUCCAUCGAGGACCUGCACAGAGGGAGCAACCUGCCCUCCCCUGUGGGCAGCAGCGUGUCCCGCUCCGGAAGACACUCUGCUCUGCGAUACAAUACUUUGCCAAGUAGAAGAACCCUGAAGAAUUCCAGAUUAGUGAGUAAGAAGGAUGACGUUCAUGUCUGCAUCAUGUGUUUACGUGCCAUCAUGAAUUAUCAGUAUGGUUUCAACAUGGUCAUGUCUCAUCCACAUGCUGUCAACGAGAUUGCAUUAAGCUUGAACAACAAGAACCCCAGAACGAAAGCCCUUGUCUUGGAGCUUUUGGCAGCUGUUUGUCUUGUCAGAGGUGGGCAUGAAAUCAUUUUAUCAGCUUUUGAUAACUUCAAGGAGGUUUGUGGAGAAAAACAGCGCUUUGAGAAGCUGAUGGAGCAUUUCAGGAAUGAAGACAAUAACAUAGAUUUUAUGGUGGCCUCUAUGCAGUUCAUUAAUAUUGUGGUCCACUCAGUGGAAGACAUGAACUUCCGAGUUCACCUCCAGUAUGAAUUUACCAAGUUAGGCCUGGACGAAUACCUGGACAAGCUGAAACACACAGAAAGCGACAAGCUGCAGGUGCAGAUUCAGGCUUACCUGGACAAUGUGUUCGAUGUAGGAGCACUGCUGGAAGACGCAGAAACCAAGAAUGCCGCCUUGGAGAGGGUGGAAGAGCUGGAAGAGAACAUCUCUCAUUUAUCUGAAAAGCUUCAAGACACAGAGAAUGAAGCCAUGUCCAAGAUUGUGGAGCUGGAGAAGCAGCUCAUGCAGAGGAACAAGGAACUGGACGUGGUCCGAGAAAUCUACAAAGAUGCAAAUACCCAAGUUCACACAUUAAGAAAAAUGGUCAAAGAAAAAGAAGAAGCCAUUCAGAGACAGUCUACCCUGGAAAAAAAGAUCCAUGAACUGGAGAAACAAGGCACCAUUAAAAUCCAGAAGAGAGGGGACGGGGACUUCGCCAUACUGCCGGUCGUGGCUGCUGGCACACUGGCCUCGGGGUCAGAAGCCGGAGUGGGUAGUGCGGGGCCAGCUGCCGGGACCACCGCCUCCGGACCCCUGCCCCCACCCCCUCCGCCACUACCUCUGUCUUCAGACACACCUGAGGCAGCACAAAAUGGUCCACCAGCUCCUCCUCUGCCUCCGCCCCCUCCCUCCGCACCCCCGCUGCCCGGGAUGUCGUCCCCCACGGUGGUUUUCAACUCAGGAUUAGCAGCUGUGAAAAUUAAAAAGCCAAUCAAGACGAAGUUCAGAAUGCCGGUGUUUAACUGGGUUGCUCUAAAGCCCAAUCAGAUCAAUGGCACAGUCUUCAAUGAAAUUGAUGACGAGCGGAUUCUGGAGGAUUUAAACGUGGACGAAUUUGAGGAGAUAUUCAAGACCAAAGCCCAAGGUCCUGCCAUUGAUCUUUCCUCAAGCAAGCAGAAGAUGACACAGAAAGGCUCAAACAAAGUGACACUGCUAGAGGCAAACAGGGCCAAGAAUCUUGCCAUAACUUUAAGGAAAGCUGGAAAGACCGCUGAUGAGAUCUGUAAAGCUAUUCAUGUGUUUGACCUGAAGACGCUGCCUGUGGACUUCGUAGAGUGCUUGAUGAGGUUCCUGCCCACUGAGAACGAGGUGAAAGUCCUGCGGCUCUAUGAGCGGGAAAGGAAGCCCCUGGAGAACCUGUCGGACGAAGACAGGUUCAUGAUGCAGUUCAGCAAGGUCGAGAGGCUCAUGCAGAAGAUGACCAUCAUGGCCUUCAUCGGGAACUUCGCCGAGAGCGUUCAGAUGCUGACUCCUCAACUGCAUGCAAUUAUAGCAGCAUCUGUCUCUAUAAAGUCGUCCCAGAAACUCAAGAAGAUUCUGGAGAUCAUCCUGGCUCUUGGAAACUAUAUGAAUAGCAGUAAACGAGGAGCUGUUUAUGGAUUUAAACUUCAGAGUUUAGAUCUGCUCUUAGAUACAAAGUCCACAGACCGGAAGCAGACGCUGCUGCACUAUAUAUCAAAUGUUGUAAAAGAAAAAUAUCACCAAGUGUCCCUAUUUUAUAAUGAGCUUCAUUAUGUGGAAAAAGCUGCUGCAGUCUCUCUGGAGAACGUGCUGCUGGACGUCAAAGAGCUGCAGCGGGGCAUGGACUUGACCAAGCGGGAGUACACCAUGCACGACCACAACGUGCUGCUGAGGGACUUCCUCCUGCACAGCGAGGGGAAGCUGAAGAAGCUGCAGGACGACGCCAGGAUCGCGCAGGAUGCCUUUGUUGACGUGGUGAAGUAUUUUGGAGAGAACCCCAAGACGACACCACCCUCUGUCUUCUUUCCCGUCUUCGUCCGGUUUGUGAAAGCCUAUAAGCAAGCAGAAGAAGAAAAUGAGCUGAGAAAAAAGCAGGAACAAGCUCUCAUGGAGAAACUUCUGGAGCAGGAAGCUCUGAUGGAGCAGCAAGACCCAAAGUCUCCUUCCCAUAAGUCAAAGAGGCAGCAGCAAGAGUUAAUUGCAGAGUUAAGAAGGAGACAAGUUAAAGAUAACAGACAUGUAUACGAGGGAAAGGAUGGAGCCAUUGAAGAUAUUAUCACAGCCUUAAAGAAGAAUAAUAUCACUAAAUUCCCAAAUGUUCACUCGAGGAUCUUAGAAACCAGCCCUACAGACGAGCCGAUGCGGUGAGGAGAAGUGUCAGGCGGCGCUUUGAUGAUCAGAACUUACGUUCUGUUAACGGUGCCGAAAUGGCCAUGUGAAACCCGAGACUUCCUGCAGGAAGAGGGUGCGCACACAGAACUGCCACGUGACUCUGUGCCGCCGGUUAGCUGCAGCCUUGAACACAUACGCCAGAUGAAGUAUUUGAAAGGGCUCCGAUUUCGUAAACACAUAGGAAUUUUAAAGUGAUGGGUUCUCCUUUCAACCCUUAUUAACAAGUGCCUAAAAAUGGAAGUACCUGCUCAGAUUAAUCAAAGCAAUAGGAUUUGAUUUGAUUAGGUAUCUUUUUACACCACUAUGCUAUUGUUUUUUAACCAAAAUGUAAAUUUCGUAUUGAAUUCAUUAUGUGCCACUGUGAUUAUCCCAUGAUGGCCCACUCUGGUUUCCUAGUAAGUUGUAAAUAACAAGGAUGCAUCUGCUAUGGGCUUUCUUUGCCGAGAUGUCUUUUAAGGAAUUUUGUGUUCCAGCCAUAUCCAUCAAGUUUGUAUUUCAAGGGACUUGCUAUACAGGAGAAGGACCACAUUCUCGAGUCCUUUUGUAACUAAGCCCCAGCAAAGUGCAAACAGGACGCAGAUGCAGUGGCAUAAGAAGAGUCAACUGUUUCCAGUUCUGCCAGUUCUGCGGCGGGGGCCAUGCCCUGAGAGACAUUCCCUGGUGUGAACACGAGGAGACGACGGCGGAAAUGUUGAGGGCAUAAAUGUUGAAGACUUAUUUGCAGUACUGUGUUCGGACGCUAGAGGCAGCUUUUUAAACAAUGCAAAUCUAUUAAUUAACACUAACAUUAACAUCUCAGUCAUCAGUAUUAGGAUUUUCCAAGGACCAUUAUGAAUCAAUCCUGAGAAGAGAAGUUGAUGCCUUGCUAGUCAGGGAGAAGUUUACUAUGGUAGCUGCCAACAAGCCUGUAAGACUGAAUCUGUUAGCAGAGCAGGUUAGGGACCCGGCCUUACUCUCCUCUGACAAUCGCAGGGUUUGUUUCUGCUUUUCCUUUUGUAAACUGGAAAGUAUCACUGCAUUUGGCGUUCUGUAUCAAAGCUGAAUUGCCAUUCUGUGUCUCAGUUACUUAUGGGCAAUUACAGUGAAGCUGUUGAACAGUACGAGCACCAGGAUUGAGUUUUAAAGAUACGAAAUGGGACUAAACAGUCCGCUAAACCACUGUCUUUCCCUCCUCUCCAGCAAGGCACUUGGUCCAUUCCAAAGUUUAAACAAAAAACUGGACCGCAGCUACAUUCAUACUUCUCAUAAUAAACAUUGUGCUUCUGGCUUCCCUUCUUGGUACCUUACAACAGUAUAUUAAUUGUAAAGUUUGUUGUAUAGUAUUUAACCACUGCAUUUAUGUUGUGCUUACAUGAACCCCUUGGUGAAGGUCCCUUUUCCUUGGAUAAUGUGUAGUUAUAUGAUCUUUUUAAAUGUACAGAUAUUUUGCUAUAAAAUUGGUGCAGUUUUUUUAUGGUUUUUACACUUCUCUUUAAUUCCCACCCUAGGCUCUGGGUAAUACUGUAAAUAUUGUUUAAAAAUGCAUCAGCCUAUGCUAUACAAUCUGAAUGUUAUUUUAACUUAUAGUUGUUUUUAAUAUAUAUUUAACUACAAGGACAGUGUAGGGAUCAGUUACAUCUCACUUUAGUGUACUUAUUUACAGAUUACUUUUAAUCUGCCACCUGUUGGCCUAUUUCCAUAAACGUGUACUUUAGGAAGAACAUGCCAAGAUUUUGUCUGUUGGGUUAAUACUCGUUUUGAUGAAAAUAGUAAUUUGACCAUGAGGUGGACGACAAAUAGUUGGACCCUUAGCACAAGUGCAGCUGUUUUCCAAGGCUCAGUGCUGACACGCACAUGUUAAAAUAAUUGCCUAUUUAUUAAUGAACAAAUAGACAAUGAUGUUGGCAUGUUCUUUUCUGUUUUGUCUAUUAAUGGGCCUGCUUCCUACCAAUAUUAGAAAAAUGUUUUAUAAAAGCAAUUCAUGUUACUUUUCUGGUCUUUUCACGCCAUCUGAACAAAUAAACUAUUUACACUACUA